AUUCAGGAAAGAUUUGGACUCCACGAGAGAAUAACUUGUUAAAUUUUGAUAGUUUUUAGUUCUUAAUAUGUAAUAUGAUCAGUGCCCUUGACAAACAGAGCAUGACUUUAAAACCAAUUGCUAUGUAUGAGUUUUGAAUUUUAUAUUUUCAAUGGCAUACUAGAUUAGAUUAUUUGAAGGCCAAAAUCAGGAUAGAUCAUAGAAUUAGUCUCAUUGACUUCAACUGAAGAAUUGGAAUGAAUAGGGCAUGCUAUAUUUGGCCUGAGCUGUGAGCUUUCUGAUAAAUGAAUGGUUGCCUGGGGAAAACAGCACUGCUGUGUUGGCAGAAUACAGCACAUUUUAUUGAGAUUCAGGAUUGCUCUAGCAGUCCUUUUACUUCAUUUGUUCCUGGCUACAGCAGGCAAAGAUCGCGAGGAUUUCCUAGGACGAUACAAAGCAGUCUUUAAGACCGAAUGUGAAGAUCCUUGGAUUAUGUCACCAAGAAUUUCUCUGCUUUCCUUGAAAGAAUUCACUGUCUGUGUGCACCUCAAGCUAAAUUCCUCGAGUAGUCCCUGGACAGCAUAUGUGUACAAUCAAGAAACACCUAACAGCAAUCUCUCUGCAAAUAAGUAUGAUCUUGGACUUACCGGAGAUCAUGGUAAAUUGGGGAUAUGGUUGUUUGGAAAUCAAAUAAAUAUGACAGCAGUGCUUCGUGAAAAUACCUGGCAUCAAAUAUGUAUCCAGUGGAAAAGUGACAACGAGGAGAUGAAGUUAUUCAUAAAUGGAACAAAAAAAGGAAACAAGAAGCUACCUGGAAAAAUACAUCUUCCUGGAAAAGGGCAGUUUUUACUUGGCUGUGCAAAGCUGCCAGGUACAGCUACGUCACCUAACCUGGGUAUGGCUGGGGAGCUGUACAUGUUCAGAAUGUGGGAUAAAGCAGAUAUAAAACAUGCCAAGGACUGCGAAGACGGUAGUGUUGUGCGCUGGAGAAAGGAGGAUUGGGUCUAUAAUAAGACAAUAGAAGAGGAUAAUUCUUUGCCAUGUGAAACAGAAGAAACCACUGGACCUUCAGCUUCACAUUCAGGAGCAUCAGCUGCAACAACCGUUUCUGAGAUGUCUUCAGAUGAUACUGCAAAAACUGCAGAAACUCUUAACGUCACUGACUAUUACUCCACCAUAACACCAGCAGGAGAAACCAUUUUAUGCAACACAUCGUCUGUCUGCAAUUUUUCAGUGUUCUAUGUGGGCAAGGUAAAACUUCAGGCAAGAGAAGAAAGUAACACAUCACUAAAUGUAGAAAUAAUUAAUAAUGUAACCAUCAACAAUCAAGUUGCAAACUUAAUUCCAAUUUCAACACCAACCCUACAAGAACUGAGAAUUUCAGAAUUCAACAAAACCUUGCAAGAAGUAAGUGAGUCCUCUGUUAUGGAAUGCAGUGCAGAAAAUCAGAGUAUACACUGCAAUUUCAUAAUAAAGCUGGCUAAGAAAGAGAACAUAAGCAGUUUAAGAGACAGAGCAGAAGUAAGCAAAAUUGAACAGUGCUGCUGCUCAUCAUUGAAGUAUUGUUCCUUGACUGCUGAAGAAUUAAAAAUGUAUACGAUAGAAGUGCCGCCUCAUCCCAUAUGGGUUCCUUUCUUUCGUUCUUCUUCUCCCCCUAAAAAGACUGCAGUCCCUUCCUUCAAAUCUAAUGCUUUUCUUUCCCCCACUGUGCUUUCUGUAAAUCAAAACCCCACAGUUAGACCAUUGAUCCCACCAUUCACGGAAACUUCCUUUUCGGGAACUCUCUCCACAUCUCCUCUAUCUGAGACUUCUGCCACAUCUACUACUGCAGCUUCAUCUUCUACCACUGAUACCACAACACUUUCCACUUCUGAAUCCCUUGCUCAACCUACUGGGCCAACUUUUCCUUCCAUAGCUUCUAAUAAAUCUCUCACUACAGCUCUGUCUUCCACAACUGCAACAAAAUCUGUUGCUAAUGUUGCUCUCUCAAUUAAAUCUGAUGCUACAUAUCUUAGCAAGCCUAUCACAAUUAUUUCUCCUGCUGUAGGUUUCACUAAACCUACUGCAGUUUCCUCUACUGAGCUUCCCCCCAGACCUCCAAUAGCAAUUCCACCUAUUGAGACUACCACCAAAUCUGUUGCACAAAUUCCUCCUGCUACAGAUUCAACCCAACCUAUUAUUGGUAACAAAAACAUUACUUCAGCACCUACUCUUCCUUUUACUCCUUUCACAAUAACUUUGGCCCCUACUGUUAGUCCUGUCAAACAUUCUGUCUCACCUUCUCAUCCUCAUUCUACUGCUGAUGGCCAUGGUAGCCUGCCUAAUGGAAGCACAGGAAAGAUACUGUCAGCUACUACGUACACAACUUCCAUAUAUACCACCAUCCAUGUCACCAGAACUGACCAAAUCUUGUCCAAAAUAGAAAAUGAUCUAGCAGCUGGAAAAGUAGAGCCAAAUUACGUAGGAAGGAUGAUUAGUGAGGUUAGCAAAGUCCUGAAUGAUCCUCAGUCAUUAUCACCUGAAAUUUCUAACAGAAUUAUAAAACUGGUGGAUUAUAUGGGCUUAAAACUGAACUUUUCAACAACGUCUGCUGAUUUUUCCUCCCCAUCCUUGGCUCUGGCAGUUGUCAAAACCAAUAGCAUCCGCUCCAACCAAAUGUCUUUUGCUGUCCAGGACUCAUCCGAUCUCCAGAUCUCUCUUGGCAUUAAUGCACUUCAGGACUUAAAUAAUCUUGGAUCAAUUACACUUCCUUCAUCAUUGCUGACAAAUUUACCUCUCGAAGAGCUGGGUUUGGCUUCUAGAAUUAUAUUCAAUUUCUUUAAAAAGACUGCUGUGUUCCAGGAUCCGUCCUUGAAGAAUGCAUCUUUAAUCAGCAGUGUUAUAUCAUCAAGUGUUGCUAACCUCACAAUUAAAAACUUAAAGGCAAAUGUUACUGUCACUUUACAGAAUAUCAGACCUAAUCAGGAUAAUUCAACAGUUAGAUGUGUUUUUUGGGACUUUAAUAAAAAUGGUGGAAAUGGAGGCUGGUCGUAUGAAGGUUGCAUUGUUAAAGAAAGUAGAGUAAAUGAAACAGUCUGUUCAUGCAACCACCUCACAAGCUUUGCAGUUUUGAUGAACUUGUAUGGAAAUACUCCUUUAAGUCCCACGCAAGAAUUGGUACUGACUUUUAUAUCUUAUAUAGGCUGUGGCCUCUCUGCAAUUUUUCUUUCUGUCACUCUUGUGACCUACAUAGCCUUCGAGAAAAUCCGGAGAGACUACCCCUCCAAAAUCUUAAUCCAACUCUGUGCUGCAUUACUUCUACUCAACCUAGUUUUCCUCCUUGACUCAUGGAUUGCGUUAUAUGAUACACAAGGCCUAUGCAUUGCAGUUGCUGUAUUUCUUCACUAUUUUCUCUUGGUUUCCUUCACCUGGAUGGGCCUAGAAGCUUUCCACAUGUAUCUUGCCCUUGUGAAAGUCUUUAAUACCUAUGUUCGGAAGUACAUUCUUAAAUUUUGCAUUGUUGGUUGGGGGUUACCAGCAGUAGUUGUUGCCAUUGUGUUGGCGGUAUCACCAGAUAAUUAUGGAUUAAAAUCCACUGGAAAGGUUUCAAAAACAAGACCUGAUGAAUUCUGCUGGAUUAAAAAUGACAUUGUCUUCUAUAUUACUGCUGUGGGAUACUUCUGUGUGAUAUUCCUGAUCAAUAUCAGCAUGUUCAUUGUUGUGCUGAUCCAGCUCUGUCGCAUUAAAAAGAAAAAACAACUUGGUGCUCAAAGAAAAACAAGUAUUCAGGACCUCAGGAGUGUUGCUGGCCUCACGUUCUUGUUGGGAAUUACUUGGGGAUUUGCUUUCUUCACAGUAAAUGAGGUGUUUACUUACCUCUUUACCAUUUUCAACACUUUGCAAGGAUUCUUCAUUUUUAUCUUCUAUUGUGUAACAAAGGAAAAUGUCCGUAAACAGUGGAGAAGAUACCUUUGUUGUGGGAAAUUCAGGCUGGCUGAAAACUCUGACUGGAGUAGAACUGCUACUAAUGGUUUGAAGAAGCAGACUGUAAAUCAAGGUGUAUCCAGUUCUUCCAAUUCCUUACAAUCAAACAGUAACUCCACUAAUUCAACAACACUGCUAAUGAAUAAUGAUUAUUCAGUGCACACAAAUGGAAAUGGCCAUAUUUCCAGUGAGAAGAAUGGUGUUUCUUUCAGCGUACAGAAUGGUGAUGUAUGUCUUCAUGACUUCUCAGGCAAACAACUUGUAUUCCAAGAAAAGGAUGAUACAGGCAGCCAAAAUAGCCAUAUCUCACUCAGAAGGACUUCAAAGAGGGGAAGCCUAACUUUCAUUGAGAAAAUGUGAUUUCCUUUUAAACAGAACAUUGUUUUACAGUGUGAAGUAGCAAUUUACUUCAACAGUUUUUGCAUAAUGUGAGAAGACCCAAAAACUGAUUUUAUUUAAUAUAUGGUACUGAAACUUCAAGGCAGCAUGUAAUGUAUUGACAAGGACAAUUACUAAUUUAAAAAAAAAAAAAAAGUGGGGAGGGAGCUACUGUUUUGACAAGGUAUUUCAGAUGUUGAAUUACAGCUGGUAUGAUCCCAUUUUCAUUCUUCAAUACAGUUUUUUUGAGGAUUUUUACAUUUAAAGGAAAGUUUUGUUUAGAGCUUUUUUCAUUACAACUAAGUUUGUCUGGAUAUAAUUGUAAUGCAUAGGUAGUAUUGUAUAAAUGUAGGACAUUACAGCUUCUGCAUACAAAUGAUUACCAUCUUUAAAAAUGUUAGCUAUACUGUCUUCAACUUUUUAUAUGUUGUAGUUGCAGGCUAUAGCACUGUACAUAAGCAGGAAAAUGUGUGCCUGUAAGCAUCUUAGUGAUACUUUUAUAUUUAUUUCUUGUAAAUUUAAAUAUUCCUUUGUAUAGAAAAAUAAUUGCUGUUUUAACUUUUAUUGUACUUUGCAUUUGUCUUUAAUUGAAAUAAUUUACUUUAACAUAGAAUGAUACAGAAGCUAAUUUGCUCAGUAAGUGAAAUCACUUACAGUGGUUUAAAUACAUUCACCAGAUACAGGACUGUAAAUACAAACACUAUUGGUCUUUAACCUUUAGUGACCUCUUAUUACAACAGAGAGGGGUAAGAAACUGGGUGUCUUCAAAGGAGAGCACCAAGAAUGAGGAACUGAUAAGUAAAGUAGCCAGUAGGUUAUUAAAUACAGCUAAAUUAUCUUAGUGGCUUGAGUAAGUCAAUGGGAGCUUUUGCCAUUGAUUUCAGCAGGGUCGAUAUUUUAUCUUGAGUGUGGGUUCCAGAGAUUAAACACACUGCCAUUUCUCAUCUGCAACGAUAAAGUAACGAAGUGUUAUUUUUUGAAUUAAAAAAACAUAAAUACAGAAAAUAAAUGCUAGCUGCUGCAUUUAGUAGCCUAGUAAAUUGUUCAUUUUUUUUUGUGUGGCUGUUUUUAAGGGGCAGCUCUUGAGCAGUUACAAUGUAUUUCUGUUUGUACUUUGGUCCUUUUUUGGCAAACCAAAUCCUGAGGCCCUAGCUCAGUAAUCCCUGAAGCAAAGUUUCAUUUUCUUUGUGUUAUUUGUCUGGAAAAGAUGGAUUUAGGCUCUCCAUGUGAAACAGCUGAACAAAAAUAGAACCCAUCCAACAUUGUGAAGAUUUUUGAAGAGAAGUUAGCGGGAGCGCUGGUUGUGCCUACUUCUUACGCAGGUGUGCAGCUGUGGCCAUUUCUUCUGCUCCGUGCGUUCUUGGAGAAAGGUUGGAUGCUGCCAGAGCAUGAGCUAGAACAACAUUAGUGCCACACUGCAGACUGAUGGACCCUGGAAGGGGAAUUUUUUGAGGCAGGCAUAUGCUGCAGGGGAGAGAGUACUUUGCUUUCCCAGAGGACUCAGUAGGGAGCCCUGGAAAUGCUCUUCUCAACCAAAUGCAUCAGUUAAACACCUCCUUUCUGGGUCUCUCUCGUAGUUCAGCAACUGAACCUGUUCAUUACUCAAACCCUCUUGUGGUCCUAUAUGCAAUGCCUGGGUUCUUUUGGUCACCUGUGUCUGAGACUACUCUGAAUAUGCUUUUGAAGUGCAAACUUAAAGUAUUUGUUGUAUUUAUCCACAAGGUUUUAACUGCAUGUUAAUAAAAGACGGUACUGGAAUGCUAGUAGCGGGAAUGCAUUUCUGUGAAUGCUUUAAAUAUUGGUGAAUUGCCUUUGCACUGUUUCUUGUAAAUUUAUUUAAUGUUCUUGUAUUUAUAUUUUCAACUGUAAAAUAUAUAUAUAUAUAUUUACAGCAAGUAAGCACAUCAAAUAUAUAAACUUUGUCUUUUAGAUAAAUGUAUUGUCAUAUGGGAUUGUGUUACAGUUCUUCAGAUGACAUGAGCUGGAGAAAAUGCUGACCUUGCCCUUGCAUUUAUUUUUUAUUUUUUCCUACAUCAUAUUUCACGUUUCAUGGUUCUAGCAGAUCUGUUUGUAGCAAAGAAAAGGUCUGAUGUGUCUGUCUGCUCAGUGCUUGUCCUCAAGUGUGCUGAAAGUCUUCCAUCAGAAUGCUGUGAGCAAAAGCACGUGGCUGAGUUUGGCUUCGAUGAUUAAAUUCCAUACUAAAAAGGAUA